AUGCGGCCUUUCGUCUCCCUCAGCCUCAGACGAGCCGCCUCCUCGCCGCCACCGAGAUAUCUGUCCACGGCCUCACUCGCCGGAUCCAGGCUUCGCUGUGCCCUCAGACUGCCGCCGCCGUCGAGCGCCAAGCACCAGUCCCGCGCCCGUGAGCAGCACAGGCGCUUCAACAAACAUCUCCAGGUGCGCACCUUCUACACGCGGAACAUGGCCAAGCGGGACCCCAGCACCCAGUCCAACUACGACGCCUGGGUGACCCGGCACACGACCGUCAACUUCGAGGUCGACUUCGAGAGCCAGGCCCUCAAGGGCUCCGUCGUCCUCGAGCUCGAGAGCCGCACCGACAGCCAGAGCAGGGAGGUCGUCCUCGACUCGAGCUAUGUCGACGUCCGCUCCGUCAAGGUCGGCGGCUCGGCGGCCCAGUUCGCCAUCAAGGAGCGCACCGGGCCCCUCGGCUCCCCGCUGCACGUCGAGGUGCCCCAGGGCGCGCCCAGGGGAGAGACCCUCCGGCUCGAGAUGGAGGUCGCCACGACGAGCAAGUGCUCGGCCCUGCAGUGGCUGACGCCCGCGCAGACGUCCAACAAGAAGGCGCCCUUCAUGUUCUCCCAGUGCCAGGCCAUCCACAACCGGUCGCUGUUCCCCUGCCAGGACACGCCCGACGUCAAGUCGACCUACGACUUCAACAUCAGGUCGCCCUACGUCGUCGUGGCCAGCGGCGUGCCCGCCACCGCCGCCGACGAGGCCCAGCAGGGCGAGGGCGGCCUCUACCGCUUCGUGCAGAAGGUGCCCAUCCCCUCGUACCUCUUCGCCCUCGCGUCGGGAGACAUCGCCACCGCCCGCAUCGGGCCCCGGUCCGUCGUCGCCACGGGGCCCAACGAGCUCGAGCAGUGCCGCUGGGAGCUGCAGGAGGACAUGCCCAAGUUCAUGGACGUCGUCGAGCGGCUCGUCUUCCCCUACCGCUGGGGCGAGUACAACGUGCUCGUGCUGCCGCCCAGCUUCCCCUACGGCGGCAUGGAGAACCCCAUCUUCACCUUCGCCACGCCCACCAUCAUCAGCGGCGACCGCGAGAACGUCGAGGUCAUCGCCCACGAGCUGUCGCACAGCUGGAGCGGCAACCUCGUCACCUCGUGCUCGUGGGAGCACUACUGGCUCAACGAGGGCUGGACCAUGUACCUCGAGCGCCGCAUCAUGGCCGCCAUCCGCGGCCCCGCCUACUUUGACUUCUCGGCCGUCAUCGGCUGGAAGCACCUCGAGGACACGGUCCAGCAGUUCGGCGCCGACCACGUCUUCACCCAGCUGUGCGUGCCCCACGACGGCAUCGACCCGGACGACGCCUUCAGCACCGUGCCCUACGAGAAAGGGUUCCACAUGGUCUGGUACCUCGACCGCCUCGUCGGCCGCGACAACUUUGACCGCUUCAUCCCGCACUACUUUGAAAAGUACACCAACAAGUCGCUCGACUCGUACGACUUCAAGGACACCUUCCUCGCCUUCUUCGCCCGGCCCGAGUACGCCCACCUGGCCGACAAGCUGGCCGGCAUUGACUGGGAGGGCCGCUUCUACAGCCGCGGCCUGCCGCCCAAGCCCGACUUCGACACCUCCAUGAUCGACGUCUGCUACGCCCUGGCCGAGAAGUGGAAGGACCCCUCCUUCACCCCAAGCCCCUCAGACGUCUCCUCCUGGACCGCAAACCAGAAGCUCGUCCUCCUCGGCGCCCUGCAGGACGCCCCCGAGGCCCUCGCCCCGGACCGCUCCCAGCGCCUCGCCGCCGCCUACGGCCUCGACCCCGAGCGCACGCGCAACGUCGAGCUGCUGUCGGCCUACUACCUCGUCGCCCUGCGCAGCCGCGACGCCGCCGCCUACGCGGGCGUCGCCGACCUGCUCGGCCGCGUCGGGCGCAUGAAGUACGUGCGCCCCCUGUUCCGCGAGCUCGGCAAGGCCGACCGCGAGCUCGCGCUGCGCACCUUUGAGCGCAACAGGGACUUUUACCACCCCAUCUGCCGGGCCAUGGUCGAGAAGGACCUGGGGCUGGCGGGGCAGGAGUGA